AUGGCGCUGUUAAUGAGACGGUCGUGCUGCUUCUUCUCCUCCUCCUCGUCCUCGUCGUGUUCGUACUCCUCCUCUUCGUCCUCUUUUCGACGAGCAAAAGCAGUCGUCGUUGCCACCGUGAGCACCACCACAUCGGGUGGGAGUUUUAAAAGUCGUUUCACUUCGUGUCGGCGAGAAAAUCAUCAGCCUCCUCGCGGAAACAAUUUUUACAUUCAUAACAACACGCGCAUAAACAGAAGAAGACCGACGAGAACGUUUGCGUCUCAUAACGACGAAGAACGAGAAGAUGACGAAGAAGAGGAAGAGAAAUGGUCCGAUUUGCUCGAGCAGUUCGAUAAAGAAGCCGUCGUGAUUGCAGACAGAAACAAAAAAAUCAUCAUCCCACCGCAUAAAGUGGCAACGUUGGAACGAGCGUUAGCCGGCGGGAGAAGGACGUUUCGAUUGAACGAAUUAGCGAACGAUUUAGGAUUGGAGAGACGAGACGUGACGGCGUGGAUGAAAGAGAACCAACACAGACAAAAAGAGUUGGCAGAGAAGUAUCCGCAGGAACAGUUUCGAAACGAAGAUAUAGACGAAGAUGAAGUCGUCGGGUUGUUAUCGAACAGAGCGAAAGAAACGGUGAGGAGAGACAAAUUGCACGACGUGAAAGCGCCGGUCAACAAAGGGAAAAAAGACGGGGGUCCAGGUGGGAUGCCGGCGUACAAAGGAUUUAAGAAAACGAGACUAGGCGCUUCAAACGUGGCGACGUUGGAGAAAAUAUGGGAAACCGGGAACCAUUACCCGGACGACGCGACGAUUCAAGGAAUCAGAGACGCGACGAAAUUACCGGCGAGUAAGAUUGUGAAUUGGUUCAAAGAGAAAAGAGACGGGGCGAGGAGUCAAAGACACCGAGACGCGAGGAAUAGACAAGCGGAAAAGGAAGGCUUUGAAAGAGGAGGACGAAGACGCGAAGGAAGAGGAGGAGGAGAAUACGGGAAACAGAACCACAGAAAACAAAGAGACGUCGUCGAAGAUUGGGGAGAUGAUUACGAGUAA